UAGCCGCCUCUUUCAGAGUGCUCUGGUGCCACAAUGAACUGCAGUUCUCAUGAUUCCCUAAUAUUGAAUCAGGGCAGUUAAAGUGGUCUCAAACUGGAGUGUGAAGUCUGGAUUUUAUGUGUCCGCACCGCAGGAAUUGUCCAGCUUGGUACUGCUUCAAGGGCCAUGGCUCAGUGCUAUGGGAUUGUGGGAACUGUCAUUUGUUGUGGCCCUAGAGCUCUCUGACAAAGAAGGCUAAAUAUCUCAUAAAGCUACAAUUCCCAGGAUUCCAUAGCACUGAGCCAUGGCAUUUAAAAGGGGUGUCAAACCAGAUGAUUUCUGCAAUGUGGAUGCAGCCAUGUUGUGGUUUGGGGACAGGAAUGGAAAGCCAAGAAAGAGAAGGAGAGAAAACGUAAUGGAGCCCCCUGAAAGAAGUCAAUGGCCUCUGGAAUCCCGAACAAAACCAUUCCCAGAGCUUGGAAGAGUUCCUGCUUUGAACCACCACUCCUUGCAGCUUUCCUCCCAGAUCAAGUGAAAGCAACACCAUGCAUAAUGUUGACCUGCACAGAAAAUCCUCCCUUGACGACCCGGAUAAGAUUUUAGGCCACUGCUUUAAACAAUUCAAACUCAGAGAGGCAUAUCCACAUUUUUUCUUUAAAGUAAAAAAAAGUAGAUUCGGCCCACCCAGAUGUAGACGUCGCAUUAUUAUCGCCCCACCAAUGAGAGGAAGUGUUCCUAGCAGCCCUAAACCCCCGUCAGACAUACCCUGUGAUCUGAAGGAGAAAGCCCCAGUCUUGGAAAUACCUCCACAGGCCAAGGAUGAAGAGGAAGAAGAUGAGCUACAACAACUGGAGGCUUGGAUUGAGGAGAGGAAAAAACUACAGGAUCUUCUGAACAAUUGUGUGAAUCUAGAGGAAUGGUUGACUGCCAAACAACCUGUAAGCAAUCUGGAAGCAAGUGUCUUAGGGAAGAUAAAAGAGGGCAAAGAACCAAAGGAGGUUAAGAUGGAACCUGCGUUAGAGGCAGUUAAAAGCAUUGAGCAUCUGAUGCCAAAGAGAGAUAAAGGGCGAAGCAUUCCACGUCUGAACAUUCCCUAUCCUGACUCCCUGAGGACACUACAAAGUCUUCUACACAAGCAGAAACUGAAGCUUGUGGACCUCUUCAACAAAGCCGACAGGACCAAGUCAAUGAAGUUCAAGAGAGCUGAUUUUAUCAAAAUAAUCCAAUCGACCAAGGUGCCUAUCAGUAAAAAUGACCUGGAAGAUAUAGUCAUCUACCUCUCGUCUUUAAAGAAAGGGAAUUAUAUCACCAGUGAUGAUCUGGCAGAGUGUCAGAAAAUAUGGAUGGACAGCCUAAGAGACCAAUGGAAACAAACUAAAGAGACAAAGCAAGGUACCAAACAGUCAUCAGUUACUGUCUCCAAAGCAGCUUCCAUUGCUCAUAGCAAGGCCAAACUUUUAUCUAGUCAAAUAAACUAUUUGGAAGUUCCCCCCAUCAACACUGAAACAGACCGCAUGCAUCUGACAUAUAAUCAAAUGGAAAUGAUUGGGAAGAGAUACAGGGAAAUGAGACGGAAGCUAAAGAGGAAAAUUGAUCCUCUAGACUUUGCAGAACAGUGUCGAAUGGUGAGAACCGGAGACAUCGCAGUGGAUGGCCACUGCAUGCCAAGCACCAUGGAAGGUGAAAUGGGGGAGCUGGUGGACAAGCAUCGGCUGGUUUGUCACCUGGUCUGGACUCAGUGCGUCAAGCUUUGUGAAAAAUAUAAGGUUCCACUUACUGAAAAACUGCUGAAAAGAGCUUUGCUGUAUCCAGGAGACAGACUCCUAAGAGAGGGGAACUCCUUUCGGAAGAUCAGACAGCCAGGAGGCUAUUAUUCUACUGCCCCUCAUCCCCAAACACCAUCAUCAGAUGAAGAAUCAGGAAAAACUGCAGUUCAAAAGGGAAAGCCAAAGGCUGAAAAGGAAGAGCUCAAAGCGGAGAAGACUGUAAAAUGCCGCUGGAUGUCAUUUACAGAAUUUAGAAAACUAAUGAGAUACCGCUCAAAAAGAUUGCUUCCUCCAAUGGAUCUUUGGAAAAAUAGAACAAUCUAUGAGAACUUAUUUGAGACACCUGAAACACUUGAAGAACAGUAUGUAGAAAGACAGCUGUGGAAAAUGUUUAGUUUCCUGAAUCCUUUGACUGACGCCAAUAGUUUCUGGCCAGGACAUCUUCUUGAUAAACUGCGUCUUUAUUCACCUCAAAUGGAACAUGAUAAUGGGAAUGCUUUGUUCAGCCGUGUUUCUCGCACACGCCCAGUCUAUCCUGGCAUGUACACUCCUGACCGCAGCUGGAAAGUCAGUGACCAGGGUUAUUUGACCUAUGGAGAUCCAGAUUCCCGAAAGCAUUAUUACUAUAUUUGACAGUGUUUUGAAACUUUUGACAUUGCUAGUGUUUCUUGAUGUUGAACUGUCUACAUUGCACCUGCUGUAAUAAGCCAACUUUUGAAGAAAAUGAGAUGAUCAAAGGCAUGGCAAAAAGUCACUUUGGAAAAUACAUGGAAAUAGCACAGCUAAAAGGAGCUUUUCCAGACAAUCAGUAAAUGUGUACCCAACUACUUUUUGCAUCUUGCACUAUAAUGCCAUAGGUUACUUUAUGAGAAUGUAGGAAUAGCUUUGAUACUGAAAAGUGCUUAGGUUUUUGUCCCCCUUUAAAGAAAACUGCACUGCACCAUUAAAAUGUCAUUUUUUUCUAAAUGU